AUGUCUUCUUCCAAGAAAAGAUUCCCUCCCUUACUACCCAGACCAUCGGCCCAAUCGACCGCCAAUGAUCUUGCCCGGCCUACAACAGAACUUCGAAAGCGUCGUCAAGCAGUGACCAUUGCAUGUAACAAUUGCAAAAAGCGAAAAACCAAGUGUGAUGGCCAUCGCCCACGAUGCGGUCCUUGUCUCCGUAAAGAUCUCGAUUGUGAAUUUGUCGAGAAGGAGGAUCCCACAUCCCGCGAAAAUGACAAACGACUGCUUUCAACGUAUCAAACUGUUUUUGAAUUGAUUCGCCAGGGAAACCACGAGGAGUCAACAAAGGUUGUACAGAGAAUCAGGGAUGCCGACAAUGUUCAAGAUGCAGCGAACUCAAUAGUGGGGGCAAAAGCUCUUAUGCAGAUGCCCGCUCCUAAUGAUGCAUCGGUCCUUGAGAAACGACCUUCACGCGACAAUUUAUCAUUCGAGGAGCUUCAUCCUAAAAGGCGCCAACUGAGAUCACCUCAGGAGGAUUCCAAUUUCAUGUUCGAGAAGCAAUACAUGACCGAUCCUCGGGACAAAUACGUCGACAGCAACAUGUUUGUUGACGUGUUGGCUCGUGAGUUGCCGUUGUCACGCUGGACUACUGUAUCCCAGGAUGAUCGACAGAUGAAUCAUUUACUGACAAUGUUUUUUACUCGGGACAAUAUUGUCGAACGGGCCAUCUAUAGGCCCAUCUUCGAAGAGGAUACUAUCGCUAUAGAUCCACACUUGGCGAAUAAUUACCCAAGAAACUUUUGCUCCGCAUUUCUCGUCAACGCUCUGCUUGCCGCUAGUUGUCUUUACACCCUGGAUCCUGCGUUCUUCAAAGAGCCCCAAGACUCGUCGACUAGAGGGAGACGAUGGGCUGACGAAGCCGAAACGCUUCUACAAAAGAUCGAGACGCCUUCCAUUCCGCUGCUUCAAGGGUUGUAUUCACUUUUUGUAUACGAAGGAGUUAUCGGUGAAGGCACCAAAUCUGUCAAUUAUUUCCUACGGGCUAUGGAUGUGUACAAGGAACUGAAUGACACUUGGACCAUGCAUCGACACGGAGGUGCAGACGAUGCACGGCUUGAUCGUGAAAGGCAUGCCAUUUCAUGGUGCUUGUGGGGGUUUUACUGUUGUGAAUGGCUUUUGGAUUCAGAAAGCUGGCUCGCAAACCCAAGAUCGAAAGAACCUGGCUUGACCAUGGUUUUCCUCUAUCCAAUCCCGACUGCGUCGGCUACUGGUGGUUUCCGUAUCCAAUAUGUUGAGUUAUCCGAGAUAGCGGAAGAGACCCUGGAUUUUAUCUACCCGGAGGAAGGGCAGCUGCCGCCUCAAGCCAACACUCGACGUGCGCUUGAAAUUUACGACAAGUAUGUCGCAUGGAAGUAUUCAUGCCCGAGCCGUAUCAGGUUUGCAGACGCUACAGUGCCGUCUGUAAUAUUAUUGCAUGUCGGCGUGGAAGUCAUGUUCACUGUCCUCCUUCGUCCAUUCUCCCACAUGUCCAAACAGAAGUUUGGAAGGUUUGAUCCCAAAGAACGAUGCUUGGCGCAUGCACACAGUAUAAUGUCAACAAUAUGGACAUUCCGAUCUUUUGCUCAUAUCCGUUUCGAGUAUUGGCUGAGUCAUGUCACUGGAACCGCUGCUUAUAUCGUGCUUCGGGACGCCGGCGACUCUCCUGUUCAGAUGGACACACUUAUACGUGCUUGUCAGUGUCUUGAGGAAAUGAAAGUAUCGUUUCCUAUUGCGAUAGAUGUCCUGGCUGGGAUUUCUGCUGCCUUUCGCCGUUUCAAGGUGCAGAUCCCUUCCUAUAUGAGUCAUUACUUUGACAAGGUACAGUAUCGAAGAGAUGGGUUACUGCACCAUGCUGUGGCUGCGUUGUUGCCUAGUGAAUCGGAGGUUGGUAGAAUUGGAAGUGGAGCCGAGGUGCAACUCCAGGAGUUGUUGGAUGAAUUUGGAGAUAUGGGAAUAGACUAG